AAUUUUACUUUCUUUUUUAGAAAAAAUAGAUCUGGUAUAAAAUGUCGGGUAGAAAAAUAUCUCGUAAACUUUCCGUGGACUUUGUUCGGAAGAUUUCCGCAAUUUCGAUUGCAAGUGAUGUUUCCGAGAUUUCUGGCAGGUUUGGUAUGGAGCAGGAUGAAUUAAAGUCAAUAAUGAAGGAUAUUCUGGAGCUGGAUUUAAACAAUGAUUGGGAGGUUGGGAGUGAGGAUGGCAUGAGUGAGUAUGGAGAUGAGAGAGAAGGGGAAAUCUCACUCUGGCAGGAGUUACAAGCUGAAACUAUCCGGCUGAAUGUUGACAGCAGGAAGAUAUCUAAUAUAUCCACUAGCUCAGGGGACAGUGUUGAUAGUUUGAAUUAAAGAUAAU